CAGGCAGGCGUGACUCAGCAGGACAGGCAGACAGAGCAGGACAGGGUAAACAAGCUUCAUCGCGAAUCCCAGGACGUUUUUCUCCAUGUAUAUCAAAUUUUGUCGCAGUUAUGGCGAGGAUAAAAAAGACAAAGCCGGUGAAAACUUGUCACCAGAGUCCAAGUUAUCUGUUGAACUGGAAGGGGGAAAAGGCAAACAGACUGAGGGAAACAUACGUCUGUACCGUGCUGUGUGUGUGAUCCUCACAAUAAUCUGCCUGGUCCUGCUGCUGGUCGUCAUUAUCCUCAGUGCAAAAUUCCAAACUGGAUCCGCAGUCUGCCCGGACAUAGAGGAAACUAAAGCAACAGACAGGCAAAGCCCUUCAUUUACUCCAACAUGCAACUAUGAACAGUGCCAGACUCACUUCAGCAACAUUCAACCCCAGUAUCUCGGCUGUCAGCAGUGCGCUGAUGGGUGGCUGACUUUUGGCCGAUCGUGUUUUUUCCUGUCCACCGUCAGGCUGAGCUGGGAUGAGAGCCAGAGGAACUGCAGCGCUAGAGGAGGAUCUCUUGCUGUUAUUAACAGCCAGUUGGUUCAGCGUUUUCUGACUAAGGAGGGGAAAAUGAAAUACUGGAUCGGGCUGAGAAACAAAAAAGAAACAUGGACCUGGGUCAACAACACUGUGCUGCGAGAGAGUUAUUGGGCUGAAGCACCAGUGGGGAAUUGUGGGAUCCUCAACAGUGGAAACCCACCUGAGAAGAACUGGAUCGCAGCUUCCUGCGAGGCCUACACCUACUUCAUCUGUCAGCUGCAGAUGCAACCGCCUAUUUCUUAACAGAAUGUUGAAAAAACCAAAAUUCUGCCAACAGGCUUCAACUCUUCAAUAACAUCUCAAAUGAUUUAUCUUUCCACUUCACAUUUCAAUCAGUACUACCCAGCAGAAAAAGAUUAAGCUCCUUAGAUAAUAGUUUUAUAUUUAAUUGUUUAAAAAUAUGUUCAGUCAGAUGUUUGUAAGCAAUUCUUGUAGCAUUGUGUUUCCUAAUUUGUAUUCUAUGAUGUCAGUUAUGCCUACAAGUACUAUUAAGCACUAAUCAUUGUACUACUUGGAUAGGCUACUGGAUGAUUACUUAUACUGCUGUUUGACUUUAUCACAAAUAAAGGCCAGUCAAUUUGG